GGGCAGCCGCUCAGCCCCCUGCCCCCCCACCGCCCGCCGCCCGGGCCGGGCCGAGGAUGCGGCGCAGCGCCUCGGCGGCCAGGCUCGCUCCCCUCCGGCCCGCUUGCUAACUUCCUCCGCUCCGUCCUUGGCCGCCAGCGGGGCCGCCCCGUCUCCCCGCGCCCUCCGGGUCGUGUCCUCCAGGCGCGCCGGGCUCUGCCGCCGUGUGUCCCCGGCUGCCCGCCCGCGCGCCCGCUCUCCCUGCCCGCGCCCUGCGCCCCGUCCUCGCCGGGUCAUGCUGCCCCUCUGCCUCGUGGCCGCGCUGCUGCUGGCCGCCGGGCCCGGGCCGAGCCUGGGCGACGAAGCCAUCCACUGCCCGCCCUGCUCCGAGGAGAAGCUGGCGCGCUGCCGCCCCCCCGUGGGCUGCGAGGAGCUGGUGCGAGAGCCGGGCUGCGGCUGUUGCGCCACUUGCGCCCUGGGCAAGGGGAUGCCCUGCGGGGUGUACACUCCCCGCUGCGGCUCCGGCCUGCGCUGCUAUCCGCCCCGGGGUGUGGAGAAGCCCCUGCACACGCUGAUGCACGGGCAAGGCUUGUGCAUGGAGCUGGCAGAGAUCGAAGCCAUCCAGGAAAGCCUGCAGCCUUCUGACAAGGACGAGGGUGACCACCCCAACAACAGCUUCAGCCCCUGCAGUGCCCAUGACCGCAGGUGCCUGCAGAAACACUUCGCCAAAAUUCGAGACCGGAGCACCAGCGGGGGCAAGAUGAAGGUCAUCGGGGUGCCUCGGGAGGAAGCCCGGCCGGUGCCCCAGGGCUCCUGCCAGAGUGAGCUGCACCGGGCGCUGGAGCGGCUGGCCGCCUCCCAGAGCCGCACCCACGAGGACCUCUACAUCAUCCCCAUCCCCAACUGCGACCGCAAUGGCAACUUCCACCCCAAGCAGUGCCACCCAGCCCUGGAUGGGCAGCGCGGCAAAUGCUGGUGUGUGGACCGGAAGACGGGAGUGAAGCUUCCGGGGGGCCUGGAGCCAAAGGGGGAGCUGGACUGCCACCAGCUGGCUGACAGCUUCCGCGAGUGAGCCCUGCCAGCAGGCGGGGGGGCUCAGUGCCCCCUGCUGCCCCCUCCCCUGGCGGCUGCAGAGCUGACCUGGAGCCUGGGUCUGAGUCCUGGCUCUGUCUCUGGCCCAGAAGUUUCCCUCCGAGUGUAUGUGUGUGUGUGGUGUGUGUGUGUGUGUUAUGAGCAUGAGUGUGCCUUUGGGGUGAGCCAAAGCCUAGGGGUGUCCUCUCUGGGCUUAGAUAGUCCCAGAGGUCUGUGAGUGGCAACAGGGAGCCCUGGUGUGUUUCCAAAUCAAUCCUAGAUUCAUUCAUUCAUUCAUUCAUUCAUCCAGCCAUCUGAAAACAUUUCUUGACACAUACUACCUGCCAGCUCUAGUUUUCAGCCCUGGGGGCUCCUAUUCUGUCUCCUUCUGAUUUAGACAUAUGGGGCCACCUCCUACAAGGUGAGCACAAGUCUGUGGGACAAGAAGAAUCCCAUUCCCAUUAUCAGGGGAGGAGAGUAGACAGGGACCUUGACCAUUGUCCCUCCUUUCAAUCUAGUCAUAGGGUGGAGGCCAUAGAGAAGGUGUAGGGUAGCAGGUAACUCAGUAGUUAGGAGACUCAGACCCAAUCCCAAAGCUACGGCCAGCCAGGCUCCCCUUCACAUCCUCCCCAGUUCCCUCCAGGGGGCAGGACCUGCAGAGAGAAGCCCACCUUUGGGUUGGGUGUUGUACCAUCAGCUUGGUUGCCUAGCAACUGAGACCCUGCCACAGUGGAGGGAAGAGGGUCAGAGGAAGUCCUGCAGGACAGAGGGCUGAAGACGUGGGACCCACCUCUGAGCAGUCAGAGUAGGAGGAAAGAAUGCACAAUCGGACUUCACGUGCCUGAUGGAGAAAAGGAACCGCGUGCUGGGAGGUGAGGGACUUACCUGGGGUCUUGCUUCUUCCCCCAUUUGUGGUCACAGCCAGGAAGUCACCAAGCUGACUCCAUCCUUCAGUGGCUCACUGCCUGUGGCUCUGUCUCUCUCCCCACACCUCCUUCCCUGGACCUUCCUCCCCUAUGUUUCCUUACCCCUUGGGCAUUUUCUGGCUUGACUGGAUGGAAAGAGACUUAGGAACCUACCA